GCUAGCUGCGCUGGUUAUUAAACCCUCACCAGUAUCAGUCCUAUCAGUCUUGAGUUAUCUCGCACCACGAACAGUUGGCUAUCCCGCAGCAGCUGCCUACUGAGUAUUCUACCAACCUCAACAAAAACCAAAUCAACCGAAGAUGUUCAAGUCGCACCUGGAAAUGAUCGGAAGCUACGAGCCCAUCAGCAAGAAGGCUCGCUUCUUCAACACCUACCUUAAGUCGCUCAAGGGCUCCCAGGACAUCAUGGCCAAGGAGAAGCGCAGCUACAGCUCGUCCUUCGAAUCGCAGAGCAUCUACAGUGACUCGAAAUUCGCCUGCGAAAGAGUCAAGUCGCCCGGCUACCACUACAACCCGGUCAGCAAGGACACCUAUGGCGUUACGCCGAGAAAGAUCAAUGCACGCGACUUCACCCGCUAAACAUCGUGUAGCAAUAAUAUCUUUUUGUCUUAAUGUGUCCCUAAGUUCUUGAACACCACAGAAGAAGAGAAAAAACAACACUUACCCUACACAUACACACACAUACACAUCUACCACUGUAAUGAUAUAGAUUUUAGCCUUCGAAAUGACAGAGAAAAGACAACUCAUAAGGCAGUAACACUACAGACAUGCAACACCGGUACAGACAUCGCCAAAAGGAAAAAGGAAAACGCGAAAUCGCUAGAUGAUAAUUAGUGAGCAUGCAGGGUUUUGUAGGCAGCUCCUCUUGAGUCAACACAGCAGGCGGGCCAGCUCCUAUUUCCUGCCGCGCCGGACAUGACGCAAAACGUGACCCAGGCCCGUUAAAGUGCAGGCCACGGAAGGGAGAGCGUGAUGGUCCACAUAGGCACACAAACAAACACAACCUCUUCGGCGAUAACAGUCGGUGCUGUGACGGUGGUGCGAUUCUAUUUAUGUUUCUCGAGAAAGUUGCAGAAUUACGACGGGAGAGAAAACAAAGAAACGGCUCACAUACACAUACACAUACAUGCACACAAACUCUAACGCACUUGGACGGACGAACGGCAAAACACACUUCUUACGAACGCGAUCAACUCAAGUGUAUAUUGCAAGAACAUUGGUUUAGAGAUGAAAUUUCGACGAUGACAACUGCACGGACUAACUAUUUGCUUGCGAAACAACAGCAACGCCAAUGAUAACCAGCCGAGAGCGACGGUUUCCUCUCGAUCGAACACCACCGUCGAUCCCGAUCGAUCAUCUGAACAUGCGAUGCACCGAAACUCCACCGACAGCGACGAGCUUCGGGGCAAUUUUCCGAGCCACUGAAAAUGGAUGCGCACCGUACGAUCAUGUGUGGAGUGUGGACGAGGCCGGCAGGAGAUCAACCCGAAAACGUGGCCAGCUAAAGAGAUAACUGACAGAGACAGAAACCAGUGCCGACGAACCAGAGCGGAGCGCUACUAUCACCGAAACUGAUUGAUUCAUUCGACCAGCGGACGGAUGCUGGGUAAUGUUUGCGCGAGACAACCCUCCCCGCUAGGCAACACCCCACAACAAGACACUAUAUUUUUCUUUUCAUUUACCAUUAUGUGUAAAAUAUUUUUCUUUUAUUCGUAAAGUCAAGGCUGUAUAAGUUAUGAGAGCGAAAUGAAUGAAACAAACCAAAAAAAAGUAAUAAAAUUCUCGAAACGAA